AUGAGACUGUACUUCAGAAGAAAAUGGGAGAAGAUAAAACAUCGAGACAACCGGCCUCAAAACACAGACAGCAAAUACUCAUUCAACUCAGAUCAAUACAAAAGAAGCUCUUCUGCUCAUGCUGAAUCAUCAGCUCCUGCAAGUUAUUCAGACAAACCACACGAGCCAAAUGAGCAGAAGAGAGGUACUGGACCAAAAGACUUGUGGCAGAUUGCCUACGAGAAGCUAAGUAAUGAGGACCAACAACUUUUAUCGGCCGACCAACUCUCUUCGCAAUCAAGUCAAAUGGUUGAUCACGGGAAGGACGCAAGAACACUGAGAAAAUUGGAAGAGGUUAUCCAAUUGACAGAGCAGCAAUAUGAGGACUACCAAAAUGGAGGCUUAAAGAUCACACGGGGAUCUGGCAAGGAAGACAUCAGUAUCCGAGAUACUGCGCACAGAAUACUGGAUGCUACAUUAUCAUUCAAGGACAUCAUCAGCGCCAUUGCAGCUUUUGACCCUACCAACCAUGCAUCAAGUGCUUGGGCAAUUGUGUCACUUGGAUUGACAAUGACAAAGAACCAUAUGGAUAUUCGAGACGCCCUGUUCAAAUCCUCUGAGUUCUUAGCAGACGUCCUUGCUCGGUGCGCCUUCAUCGAGAAAACCCAUUACUGCAACAAUCAAUCUGAAACCAAAGACAAGAUUGAAAAAGCACUUGUUAAGGUCUAUACCACAAAUUUAGGAAAAAGGAUGCUGGAGAGUGUUCCUGCAGUGUCUAACCACCCAAUCAUACAAAUUGAGUCUUCCAUCAAAAAUGAUGAGCAAGCCCUACACCAUUGGGUCCAGAGGAAUGAGCAUCUUCAGCAUCAAAAGAGUGCAGAAGACAUGCUAGACCAAAUUGAUGAGGUGAUUACUUCAAUUCAACAUCUUCACCAGAAACUCGAUCACUCCAACCUACGGAAUGCCGAAGGCGCUUCAUUCGACUCAUACGAGAACCAACAUGACGCUGAAUGCCUUCCUGGAACCAGGGAAGAGAUUCUCCAGCAGAUCAAGCAAUGGGGAAGUUCCGUGCAAGGCCAAUGUAUGUUCUGGUUGUGUGGAAGGGCUGGAACAGGGAAAUCAACUAUCUCCCGAACAGUGGCAAGGAUGCUCAAAGAACAAGGACAAUUAGGAGCAAGCUUUUUCUUCAAAAGAGGUGAAGGUGACCGUAGUAAUGCAAAAAGGCUCUUCUCAACAAUCACAAGACAACUUGUCACUGCAAUCCCCCACCUCACACGUGGUGUCUCAAAUGCCAUUGAUGAUGAUCCUGACAUUUCCACGAAGUCACUCAAAGAACAGUUUAAUAAACUUCUCUUCCAACCGUUUUCUGGCUUGAAUCAAAGUCAGCAUACCACAAAUAUGUUGAUUGUGAUUGACGCAUUAGACGAGUGUGACAGGGAGGAAGAUAUUCAAGUCCUCCUUGAGCUCUUGCCACAAUUGCAAAAGUUAACUUCAGUGCAUUGGAAGAUUUUUCUGACCAGCAGACCGGAAUUAUCAAUCCAUCAGAGUUUGAAAGGGAUGAAAGACAGUGAGCAUCGAGAUUUCAUCCUCCAUGAAAUUCCUGAAUCAAUGAUAGAACAAGAUAUCUCCACAUUUUUGAAGCACAAACUUUCAGAAAUCAGGGUUAAACGAGAACAAAAUCUGGAAUGGCCUGGAGAAAUUACCACACAAAAUUUGGUUAAGAUAUCUGUGCCAUUAUUCAUCUUCGCUGCAACUAUAUGUCGUCAGCUUGAAGAUCCCCAAUGGGACCCAAAGGAAACGCUUAUUGAAAUCCUUACCUAUCAAAAUGGAAAUGACUUUGAGGGAACAUAUAUGCCAGUACUUGAUCGACUGUUCAUCAAACAGAGUGAAUACAAAAAAAAGCGAUUGGUUGAAGAAUUUCAAAAGGUUGUUGGCGCAAUCAUCCUUUUCAAAACACCACUUUCAAUCGCCUCUAUUUCACGUUUAACUGGUGUUCGCAAAAAUCUGAUUGAACUAAGACUGAAUUCGCUACAGUCAGUGCUUAGCGUGCCUGAUGAUGCGACGAAGCCAGUGAGACUAUUUCAUCUGUCAUUUCGAGACUUCCUUCUUGAUGCGAAUAUACGUGAGAAAACAGAAUGCUGGGUUGAUGAGAAGAAGAAGCAUUCAGAAAUCACACUUCAAUGCCUGAGGGUCAUGCACGAAGGUUUGAGGAAAAACCUAUGCAAAUUGGAACAUGAUGGUACACAACGGAUAGAGAUUGACCAAUGUUUGAUCGACGAGUUUAUACCACCAGAACUGCAAUACUCAUGUCGCUACUGGGUACAGCAUCUAGAACAAGGCGAAGACCCCACGAAAAGGAUGGAUAAUGUUUUUUCAUUUCUCCAAGAGCACUUCAUUUACUGGAUGGAAGCAAUGAGCAUCCUCGGGUUGGCAUCUGAAUUAGUGGGAAUGAUUGACACUACGCGGCAACUCAUAUCAGAUAAUGAACAUUCUCAAUUGUGUGCAUUUCUCCAGGAUGCAAGGCGGUUUAUCCUAAAAACAAGACAUAUCGCUGACACCGCGCCUCUUCAAUUGUAUUCUUCAGGGCUUAUCUUCGCUCCUAUUAAAUCAAUAAUACGAGAAACAUUCAAGUCAGACAUCCCCAGUUGGAUAUAUAAAUCGCCAGAAGUCGAACAAUAUUGGAGUGCGGAACUGGAGACCCUCGAGGGCCAUUCCAACUCGGGUCAUUCCAACUGGGUCAGAUCAGUGGCAUUCUCAAUGGACGGGCGACUGCUGGCGUCGGCCUCUUACGACAGCACAGUCAAGCUUUGGGACCCGGCCAGCGGCGCGCUGCGCCACACCCUCGAGGGCCAUUCCAGCUGGGUCAGAUCAGUGGCGUUCUCAAUGGACGGACGACUGCUGGCGUCGGCCUCGGAUGACAGCACAGUCAAGCUCUGGGACCCGGCCAGCGGCGCGCUGCACCACACCUUCGAGGGCCAUGGAACUGUAUAUGGACUGAGCUUCGCAGAAGACAUGAUUUUACCACCAUCAUGUGUCAAUGAUAAUCCUCUUCAUCCUACCAAAAUUGAGAUCCAUGUUUUGGAUCAAGGUUGGGUGGCUAUACAGGGUAGGAAACUCCUCUGGCUACCUGUAACCUAUCGGCCAACCCAUGUGGUAGCUCGAAACGGCAUUCUUGUCAUGGGGCAUGCAUCUGGACGCGUUACGUUUUUUGAGUUCUGUCUGUAA